AUGGAUACCUUUGUGUGCUGCUUCAACGGGUGUGCGAUUUCGCCACUGCCUGGCCAAGCCAAGUGCUCGGUCCACAAAAGCCGGGGCAUGUGCAGUAUCAAAGCCUGUGCCAACCAAGUGUACGCCCGCAGGCUCUGCGUUCGCCAUGGUGGCCGUCACCGCUGCCUCUACCCGGGUUGCACCACCUCGGCGCGCGUCGGCGGCUACUGCUCGCGCCACGGUAGCGUCAAAAUCAAGAAACUGUGCACCGUCGAAGGCUGUGGCAGCAAGGUCAACCGCAACGGCCGCUGCGUCCGUCACGGCGGUCGCCGCCAGUGCAAGGUGUCGGACUGCGUGACGCACGCCCGCAGCGGUGGCUACUGCAGCCGGCACGCAAAAGCUAUCGACAGGGACGAGACAGAGCGGCGCGCCGAUGACCGGUGGUCGCUCGACGACACCGAGUCGAUGGACAAGCUGCUCUACGCGGACUAUGGCGGCAUGCUUCCACCAAUAUCAAACGAGAGCGCGUCGACGCGCGGCGACAUCUGCCGAGGCAACGACCUCGAUGCAUCGAUUCUGGCGUGCUUGUUUCAAGACAACCUCGUCACGCCGUGA